CCCAUUUAUUUCCACCAGUUGCGUAUCGGCAAUUCUGCUGUAGGGAAGGAGAUCCUUCGACGAACGCGUAGAUAUAUAAAAGCCGUCCGUCACUUCGAUCUCUCAUAUUAUUAAAUCCAAUCGCAUCUUAUGAACUGGCAGCAAAUAUGAAGACAGCGUUACUUUUUGUUACCGUUCUCGCGGUAAUCGUGGUCAGUUUGGCACAGGAGUCAAUGUACACCACGAAAUUUGACAACAUUAAUGUGCAUGAAAUUUUGCACAAUGAUCGGCUACUCAAUAAUUAUGUCAAGUGUUUACUCGAUCAAGGUCGUUGCACUGCCGAUGCUAUUGAAUUGAAGAAAAGUUUGCCAGACGCAUUAGAAACUGACUGUUCCAAAUGUUCCCCGAAGCAAAAAGAAUUUGCAGAGGAAGCUAUGAAAUUCUUGUCUCAUAAUAAGAAGGAUAUCUGGGAGAAACUUCUUGCCAAAUAUGAUCCCGAAAAGAAAUACAGAAGUAAGUUUGAGGAUCGUGCGAAGGAAGCCGAUAUUAAGAUCUAAGAAAUAAUUUGAAAAUGGAGAAAAUGGAAAAUGGAAAUAUGAUAGGAAGAGAAUAAGAAGAAAAGUAAUAAUUUGUGUUAAGGCAUAUCA